AGGCCAAAAGCGGGACGUUCCAAAUUUAGAUACGGAAGUCUGUCGCUGCUGCUGUUUUGUUGUUCUUUAGCAACAUUAAAUGCCGUUAAAUCUGAAAUAAUGCCUAUUUCAACUAGUAUUUUUUGUUCUAUUUAAUCGUUUCCGUUUGCAUUUCCCUUAUGUUGUGGUGUCUUUAGGCUGCUGGCUGUUGCCCUACUGAGCACACGUUGACCUUUGUGACUCGUGUGAAAAAUGGAGGAGCUUUACACUUUAGAGAGGGAAGUUGGACGAGGGAGCUAUGGAGUUGUCUUCGAGGGGCAGAUGUCCAAAACGGGGCAAAAAGUGGCCAUCAAACGACUACCCUGCAGCAACCCAGAAUGCAUCGAACUAUACCUCCAGGAGCUAUGGGCUAUGAGAGCUACUGCUAAAAACCACACUAAUGUCAUUGCACUCCAUAACUGCCUGCUCCAGACUGGACCAAGAAGUCUUAAGCCGCUACGACCAGGGAAACUACCAUUAUGUUUAGUAGAAAGCGUCCUCAAGGGGUCAGUAGUGGGAGCAAAACAAAGUCAAGAGCAAAGUAAUAUCACACAGUCAAACAAUCAACGGACAAGAAAAAACUCUACGUCUAAACUUCAAGAUAGGACCAAUACAUCCCAGAAUAAGUCUAAAAGUGAUGCUAUAACUCCACAAAGACCAGCAAAAAGGGCAAGAAAGAGGUCUGCAACUGAAGAGGAGACCCAGGGCACCCAGUUAAAAUGCCUUGCUCUGUGGUUGGUGAUGGAGUAUUGUGAUGGGGGGGACUUGAACCAGUUCCUCUUGUCCAAACCUCCAGAUGAAGAACAGAAUCACAGUGUAGUACUGCAGCUGUCCAGUGCUAUUGCCUUCCUGCACCGAUUAGGGAUCACUCACAGAGAUCUAAAGCCCGCGAAUGUACUAGUGUGUGUCAGUGACAAAGGGCCUGUGGUGAAGGUGGCAGACUUUGGGCUGAGUAAGAUGGCAGAGGGCUCGUUGACUGGGGAUCUCUGCAGACAGCACUUCUCCUCCACCUGUGGCUCUGACUUCUACAUGGCUCCAGAGGUGUGGGGCGGACAGUCAUACACGGCCCAGGCAGACAUCUUCUCGCUGGGGGUCAUGUUUUGGGCAGUCCUGGAGAGAAUCACCUUUCUCGAGGAGGGCACCACAGAAGAACAGCUGGGUGCUUAUGCGUGCAAAGGCCGCUGGCUCAUGCCUCUGGGCGAGGCUCUUUCGGAGAACCCGGACUUCCCACUGUGCAUCCCCAUGAAGUUCAAGAGGGCUCCCCCGCUGCCCCCAGCCCCCGGCCCUCACGUGUGCGCUCUGCUGCUGGACAUGCUUGCUGUGGACCCCUUCUCCAGACCACGGGCCGACCAGCUGGAGUCCCGAGUCCGCACCGCGCUCAGACAGGACGCCCACUGUGCCUAAGAGACGCUAAUGGCAGCUUUACACGCAACGUUCUAUGGCUCAUAAAUAAAUGAGUAAAGCAGAGGUUGUUUUUGUUGUGGUAAAGUGAGGGGUGAUAAUGCCUGUGCAACAGUGUUGGCGAGUGUUAAUGUAAUCUAGCUGCAUAAACGUCUUAAGAGAACAUUGGGUAAAGGUGCACAAUGUAACUUUUCAUGUGCAUGAUUUCCAUGGAGAUGUUUAAGGCCAUACAGUGGAAUAUUCCAGUCAUAGCCAAAAUAUGUUUAUCAUCAUGCCUAUGUGCAAUUAUAGAUUUUUUUUAUUGUUGUAGCUCACUUGCUUGUGACUCUGGAGAUAGGUAAGUUUAAUGCCAUACUGUGGAACAUUCCAGGUUGAGCAAUAACAUCUCGAGGAGGUGGCAGACCCUCUACCAGAAAAGUUACAGAGUGCAUCUUUAAGGAGACUUGAAUCCAUGGUGACAACAGUGCACUAAAAGGGGACUACUGACUGCCCCCUGAUGAAAACACAAGAGGGACGAUAGCAUUUGAUAUCUGCUACUCAUGUGUUUUACAUUUCAAUGUUUAUACAGAUCGAUCAUUGCUGCUUCAUUAAUGAACUAUUAUUUCAGGCAAUUGUUUGACCUGAGUGACUUGAACAAGCUAAUAUUAACAGUAUAGUAUAGUUGAUGAUGCCACCACGUCCAACUUUACCAUGAACUAAAAACAUGAACCAAUCUGAACUGAAUGACUUGAAAUUUGUUGGAGUUGCUGCGAGGGUAAACUUGUUUUAUUUGAUUAUUUGUUUAUAUAUUUAAACCAGGACAAAACCAAGGACUAUAUGAAGCCAUUUAUUUAGUUUUUGUCGGAGACCAAAAAUUUAAACCCAUGUUACCAUGCAGUAUAACAAGAUGAGGUCACACAUGGAGCUAUAAGCAUAAGAGCAAUUUUCAAUGAGUUUUGUGUUUGUUUCAAUAGUGGUGUCUAUCUUAUACAGUAAUGCAGGUCCUUGCUUAUACCAUAGUGUCAACAUAUUUAAAAAAUAAAAUCUAACUUCCACACAAUCGCAUUAAUUAUCUUACCAUGGUAUUGUCGAAAAGCAUUUGUACGUUGUCUUAAGUUUCCUCUUUGAUGUCAUUAAAAAUCAGUUGAUGUAUUUUAUGUAUUAUUUAUUGUGAUUUAACUUUAUCCUACUUUGUGUCUUCCCUUAGGUUUGGCCAUUAGCCAGAGCAGAGUGAGUGAUGGUGGUUCAUAUGGCUCAGCCUUACUCUUAUAGGAACAGGAAAUUAAAGCAAGCGAUGGAUUCACUCAAAGCAAAAAAAAACCUACAUCCCAUUUAUAACAGCACAUCACUUCCACAAUCUUAACUUUUUUUGUUCAAAUAUUGAUAACUCUAACCUCAGUAUUCUUUUUCCAUUGCAUUCACUGCUGCUUUGUACAGGUCCAAACCAGAACUGUCCCUUUAAUGUACGCCUUACCAUUUCUAUUUGUUAAAUGUCUUGAGGAUUUGCUUACCAGUAUGUUAUAGUUUAUAAAUGGGGAAACAUUUGAUAUUCCUAAACAAAAACAGAGAUUUUGUUCUACUUGAAUUUCACAGUUCAACAUUUCUUAUAUUGUCUUAAUGUGCUACUUUUCAUUUUUUGCUAUUCCCUUUGCAUUUUUAUUUCAAAUGGAAAGACUAAGUAAAAAUGAGAUUUAAAUGAAAAAUAAAAGCCAGUCUGAUUAAAGU